AUGUCCAAAUGCUCCAAGCCAUUGCUCUACGAAUCGCUGACUACUAUCAUAAAAUUCACAGAACCAAAUCUUCGAAUCCACCUCACCCGACGUCUUCCAUCGAUCAAAACCGUUGCCAAAUCGACGCUUUUGAAAAUCGAUAGUCUAAUUUUCGAAAAAGACAAAACUAUCGUGAAUGGGACCAUUUAUCAGAUAGGGUGCUGUUUGAACCUGAUCCCUGGACCUCAUCAGAAUGAAGACGCUCAAAUUAAAGACGAAGAGCAAUUCGGCGACUUGCAAUUGGUGCCCACGAGAUAUACGCACUUUAGAGAAGUUUUCGAAAAUGUGCUGCCGUCCUCCCAGCUUACGAUCCAGGAUUCUAACGGCCAACAAACAUACCGAUCCUCCUUUACCGUUCCCCAAGGAUUGCGGUACAUGAAUACUGUAAUCCUCCGAGGACAUCCGAUCCGUAUCAACGAAUUCCACGUGGCAGAAGGUGUUCAAACUAUUCGAUUGCCAAUUGGAAUCAAAUUCACUAUCAAGAAGAUUAAUGUAGAUAUUAUGCAUGUUGGAAAAUUCGAACCAAUUUUGGACAGCUUUCCUGAGCAAGUGGAGCUUAUGAAUAGUUCCGUUUUUGAAGAUACACUCGAAGAAAAUCUCAAUGGUCCUAUUGUUAAAAACGCCAAAAGACUUAUCAUCAAAGAAUUAGCACCCUAUACACGGAUACUAAAUAUUAGACGGCUUAGCAAUCUGGAGGUGGAUUUGCGGUACUGUAAGACAGAACUCACACAGGUUCUGGGGCUUGUUCAAAAUUGUGUAGCUGAUGGGCGGCCUGUUGGGACCACGUACUGGAUUGGAUUUGCAUUUCUCAACGAGGGAAUGAAGUGUUUGAAUGGGAUCAGAAAUCAAAUGUCUGUGCGCAGUUCGACUAAAAGCUCAAUAAUCCUAUCGAUGCGUGACGGAUCGAUCCUCAAAAUCCUGCUAAAACAAGACGGCAAACGUUGGGUUUUACGAUUUAAAGUUGCUGCGGAUCUACCUUAA